AUGUCGGCGGAUGAGAUGCAGGGUGUCGUUCACGGGCUUGCAUUCGGCUUCCAAAUUGUGAACAUGGCUGUCUCUCGCCCGGCGCCCGUUAUGAUUGCUAGUCGUAUGGCUCAGCGUGGUCGCAGUAACUAUAUUGCGAUGUACGGCGACGAAUCGGAAAAUUCCGACAAUGGAGGUGGAGUAGAAAAAGACAUCGCGAAGCUGAACAACCAGCUUGGCUAUAUGAGUAAAGAGCUGGAAGAUGUCCGUUUUAAUGCCUAA